AAACAAUAUCUUUCGUAGCAAGAAACGGAUUCCUGUUCUCAACCUUUCACUAUAUAUACAUACAAAUCCCCAUUCUCCAUACAUUCUUCACUCUCGAUUUCAAAACCAAUCAAUCUUGUUCAACAACAACAUAAUGAGCAAUCAACCUGAAUCAUCCGACUCUAAGGGCACGAAGCGUGAUUACAGUACGGCCAUUCUGGAACGGAAGAAGGCUGCCAACAGAUUGGUUGUUGAUGAAGCUGUUAAUGAUGAUAAUUCUGUUGUUGCCAUGCAUACGGACACAAUGGAGAAGCUUCAGCUUUUUAGAGGCGAUACCAUCUUGAUUAAGGGAAAGAAAAGAAAAGAUACUGUAUGUAUAGCUCUUGCUGAUGACACAUGUGAUGAGCCCAAAAUUAGAAUGAACAAGGUUGUCAGGGCUAACCUACGGGUCAGGCUCGGCGAUGUAGUAUCGGUUCACCAAUGUGCUGAUGUGAAAUACGGCAAACGGGUUCACAUCCUUCCAGUUGAUGAUACCAUUGAAGGCGUCACCGGCAAUAUCUUUGACGCCUACUUAAAACCAUACUUUUUGGAAGCAUAUCGACCCGUUAGAAAAGGCGACUUUUUCCUCGUGAGGGGAGGCAUGCGAUCCGUAGAGUUCAAAGUUGUCGAAACCGAUCCUGCAGAAUACUGUGUAGUGGCACCAGAUACCGAGAUUUUCUGUGAAGGCGAGCCCAUUAAACGGGAGGAUGAAGAUCGAUUAGACGAAAUCGGUUACGAUGACGUUGGUGGUGUCCGCAAACAAAUGGCCCAAAUCCGUGAGCUUGUCGAGCUUCCGUUAAGACAUCCGCAGCUUUUCAAGUCAAUCGGGGUCAAACCACCGAAGGGUAUUCUUCUUUACGGGCCUCCCGGGUCGGGUAAGACGUUAAUAGCCCGAGCUGUUGCUAACGAAACGGGCGCUUUCUUUUUCUGUAUAAACGGCCCGGAAAUCAUGUCGAAGUUGGCUGGAGAAAGCGAGAGUAAUUUACGAAAGGCGUUUGAGGAAGCGGAGAAGAACGCGCCGUCGAUUAUUUUUAUCGACGAAAUCGAUUCGAUCGCUCCGAAACGGGAAAAAACAAAUGGAGAAGUUGAAAGAAGGAUUGUUUCACAGCUUUUGACGCUAAUGGACGGGCUGAAAUCACGGGCCCAUGUUAUCGUCAUGGGUGCGACUAACCGUCCCAACAGCAUUGACCCGGCUUUGAGGCGAUUCGGUAGGUUUGACCGGGAAAUCGAUAUCGGUGUUCCUGACGAAGUGGGUCGGCUCGAGGUUCUUCGUAUUCAUACCAAGAACAUGAAGCUGGCUGAUGAUGUGGACUUGGAAAAGAUUUCGAAAGAGACACACGGGUAUGUAGGUGCUGACCUGGCGGCUUUGUGUACCGAGUCGGCACUCCAGUGUAUUCGAGAGAAGAUGGAUGUGAUUGAUUGGGAAGAAGAGUCGAUCGAUGCGGAGAUUCUUAAUUCUAUGGCGGUUACGAACGAGCAUUUCAAAACCGCACUUGGUUCAAGCAACCCGUCUGCGCUUCGUGAGACGGUUGUUGAAGUGCCGAACGUUAGUUGGGAAGAUAUCGGUGGCCUCGAAAAUGUUAAACGAGAGCUCCAAGAGACCGUACAAUAUCCAGUCGAACACCCUGAAAAGUUUGAGAAAUUCGGCAUGUCACCAUCUAAAGGAGUCCUGUUUUACGGUCCACCCGGGUGUGGAAAAACGCUUCUAGCCAAGGCUAUUGCCAAUGAAUGCCAAGCUAACUUCAUCAGCAUCAAGGGUCCGGAACUGCUAACCAUGUGGUUCGGUGAAAGUGAAGCUAACGUUCGUGAGAUCUUUGAUAAGGCCCGUCAGUCCGCUCCCUGUGUCCUGUUUUUCGAUGAGCUGGACUCCAUUGCUACCCAGAGAGGGAGUAGUCAAGGAGACGCAGGCGGUGCGGCCGACAGGGUUUUGAACCAACUUUUGACCGAAAUGGACGGGAUGUCGGCUAAGAAAACAGUUUUUAUUAUCGGUGCAACUAACAGGCCCGAUAUUAUUGAUCCAGCCCUUUUGAGGCCCGGUCGUCUUGACCAGUUAAUUUACAUUCCUCUCCCUGAUGAGGAAUCCCGUUACUCGAUUUUCAAAUCAGCGUUAAGAAAAUCGCCUGUUGCAAAAGACGUUGAUCUUCACGCACUUGCUAAAUACACUCAGGGAUUUAGCGGUGCUGACAUUACUGAAAUCUGCCAGCGCGCGUGCAAGUACGCCAUUCGUGAAAACAUUGAAAAAGAUAUUGAGAGGGAGAAGAGAAGAAGCGAGAACCCGGAGGCAAUGGACGAGGACGUGGACGAUGAGGUGGCGGAGAUCAAGGCAACACAUUUUGAAGAAUCGAUGAAAUUUGCGCGUAGAAGUGUUAGUGACGCUGACAUACGUAAAUACCAGGCGUUUGCUCAGACGCUUCAGCAGUCGAGAGGGUUUGGGUCCGAGUUCAAGUUUGCUGAGACAAGUGGUGCAGCCGCUGGUGCGGGUAGCUCGGACCCAUUUGCUGCUUCUGCAGGGGCAGCUGAUGAGGAUGACCUAUAUAACUAACUUGAAACACACUUAUUUAACUUCUCAAGUUUUUUUUUUUUUUUUUUUUUUUUCACUAGACAAUCUUUAUAAUGUUAUAAAACCUUUGGUAUUCAAGAACUAAUGUUUAUAUUUUGAUCCAAGUGAGUCAUUUAUUCGAAACAAGCUUGAACCCUACCGUCGUAUAGUGUGGUGGGUUUGAACAGGUGAACCUAUCAGCCGGAUGGAUCAUUGGUUUGGUUUCGUGGUUCUUUUGAAUCUUUUUGGUCUUUUCGGUUUUUGCUUUUACCUUCUCGUAUCGACAGUUUGAAUGGUUUCGUUGUGGUACGGAUGAAAACCU